CUCAUCUGUUCAGUCAAACGACAGAGCAAUUGUACCAUGGACCAGCAUUAUGAGGAACUGCACCACAUAAUGAGCAGCUCUGUUCAGUGUACCAUUGAUCCUGCAGGCGUGUCCCGCAUGAAGAGCACAUCUACCAAGACCGCCAGAAAUCCUGCAUCCGCUCUCCCGAAAACACUUGGAGCCAAUACACAGUACGGAGUAGUACGGAGUAGUACGGACUACGCCCUCCAGUCCGAGUCCGUGAUUAUCCUGUCACUUCCUCCGCCGCGCUCAUGCAGCUCAUUUCGAACGAUAUUCCGACUCAUCACAGUCCGCAGAGCACGAAGAAAUCGGAAUGCCUUGAGCCACAACUCAAGCAACCAAAAGGCUAUCAGCAUAGAGGCUGAGAACGACACAAUUCUGCGUGCUAGUUGGCGGCGCUAUCGGGGAAUAUUGAUGUAG